UGUGGAGGCUGGGCAGAUGCUGCGACUCGCUGCGGGGCUCCAGCCAAGGCACAGCGUCCCCAUCCUCACCUGAAUUGCCGGGACUCGCCGCUGGAGAGGGGCUCGGCGCCCGGCGGGGACUGCAGGCAAUGACUCAGGAUGCAGCCAGGGGCCACGACAUGCACAGAGGACCGCAUCCAGCAUGCCCUGGAGCGUUGCUUGCACGGACUCACCCUGGGCCACCGCUCCACCUCUUGGCCAGCUGGACUGUGUCUGAACUGUUGGAGUCUGCAGGAGCUAGUCAGCAGAGACCCAGGCCACUUCCUCAUCCUCCUGGAGCAGAUCCUGCAGAAAACCCAGGAGGUCCAAGAGAAGGGCACCUAUGACCUCCUCACCCCGCUGGCUCUGCUCUUCUAUUCCACUGUCCUCUGUACACCACAUUUCCCACCAGACUCAGAUCUCCUUCUGAAGGCAGCCAGAACCUAUCACCAGUUCCUGACCUGGCCUGUUCCUUACUGUAGCAUCUGCCAGGAACUGCUCACCUUCAUCGAUGCAGAACUCAAGGCCCCAGGAAUCUCCUACCAGCGGCUGGUGAGAGCUGAGCAGGGGCUGCCCCUUAGGAGUCACCGAAGCUCUACUGUCACGGUGCUGUUGCUGAACCCAGUGGAGGUGGAGGCCGAAUUUCUCACCGUGGCCAACAAGCUGAGUGCGCCUGGGCACUCACCCCAUAGCACCUACACUACCUUGCUCCUGCAUGCCUUCCAGUCCACCUUUGGGGCCCACUGUGACUUCCCAGGUCUGCACUGCAAGCUACAGUCAAAGGCUCUGGCAGAGCUCGAGGACAUCUUCACAGAGACGGCAGAAGCACAGGAGUUGGCGUCCAACAUCGGGGAUGCGGCAGAGGCCCGGCAGUGGCUCAGAACAAAACUGCAGGCAGUAGGAGAAAAGGCCGGCUUCACUGGGGUCUUAGAUACUGCAAACCCUGGGAAGCUCCACACCAUCCCCAUCCCUGUUGCCAGGUGCUAUACCUACAGCUGGAACCAGGAUAGCUUUGAUAUCCUGCAGGAAAUCCUACUGAAGGAACAGGACUUGCUGCCACCAGGGAUCCUGGAAGGCGAUGAAGAGGAAGAGGAAGAUGAGGAGGAGGAAGAGGAGGAGGACUUGGAAACCCACGGACAUUGUGCUGAGAGAGACUCACUGCUCUCCACCGUUUCUUUUGCAUCUCACGACUCCACUCUUUCCCUUGCCUCUACCCACGCCUCAGGGCCAGGGCUCUCCCGUCACUUGCUCACCUCCUUUGUCUCUGGCCUCUCAGAUGGCAUGGACAGUGGCUAUGUAGAGGACAGUGAGGAGAGUUCCCCUGAGUGGCCCAAAAGGCCUGGCCACGAGGAGUGCCGGGGCCACUGCAGGCCAAGGCAGAAAUUCAACAGGAUCUAUAAACUCUUCAAGAACACCAGCCAGCUGGUGGUGCGGGGCCUGGAGGGCAGCUCGGACACAGCCCCGCCUCUGCGGCGGGCAGGAAGCCUCUGCAGCCCCCUGGACAUUCCGGUGCAGCUCCACUCACGGGCCCAGCGCUCACGUUCCCUGCCCCAGACCAACCUCAGUGCCCAGCUGCCUAGCUGGCUCCUGGCUCCCCCUUCAUGCCACCAGCGCCGCCGCCCCUUUUUGAGUGGGGAUGAGGACUCCAAGGCUUCCACACUACGGGUUGUAGUCUUUGGCUCUGAUAGGAUUUCAGGGAAGGUGGCCCGGGCAUAUAGUAAUCUCCGGAGGUUGGAGAACACUCACCUACUCACUCGGUUCUUCAAGCUUCAAUUCUUCUAUGUGCCUGUGAAGCGAAGCCAUGGUACUGGCUCUAGUGCCCGCCCAGCCCCUCCAAGCAAGAUAUCUCCACUCCCCACAGACUCCCCAAGGCACCCCAGUCCUACAGACCUGGGCAUGGGCCCAUGGGAAGACAGUACCAAUGACAUCUCCCACUACCUCGGCAUGCUUGACCCCUGGUAUGAGCGCAACGUGCUGGACCUCAUGCACCUACCCCCUGAAGUCCUGUGCCAGCAUUCCCUGAAGGCUGAAUCCAGGCCCCUGGAGGGCUCCCCUGCCCAGCUGCCUAUCCUGGCCGACAUGCUGCUCUACUACUGCCGCUUUGCUGCCCGCCCAGUGCUGCUGCAGGUCUAUCAGACAGAGUUGACCUUCAUUACUGGGGAGAAGACGACGGAGAUCUUCAUCCACUCCCUGGAGCUGGGUCACUCUGCUGCCACGCGAGCCAUCAAGGCUUCAGGUCCUGGCAGCAAGCGGCUGGGCAUCGAUGGUGACCGGGAGGCCGUCCCUCUAACACUACAGAUUAUUUACAGCAAGGGAGCGAUCAGUGGACGGAGCCGCUGGAGCAACGUGGAGAAAGUCUGUACCUCUGUCAACCUCAACAAGGCCUGCCGGAAGCAGGAGGAGCUAGACUCGAGCACGGAGGCCCUGACGCUAACCCUGACAGAAGUGGUGAAAAGGCAGAACCCCAAGUCCAAGAAGGGCUUUAACCAGAUUAGCACGUCACAGAUCAAAGUGGACAAAGUGCAAAUCAUUGGCUUCAAUGGCUGCCCCUUUGCGGUGUGUCUGGACCAGGAUGAGAGGAAGAUCCUGCAGAGUGUGAUCAGGUGUGAAGUAUCACCUUGCUACAAGCCAGAGAAGAACAGCCCACCACCCCAAAGAUCUCCCAACCCACUGACCCAGGCUGCACCUGACCUCUGCUCCCUCCUCUGCCUGCCCAUCAUGACUUUCAGUGGAGCUCUGCCCUAGCUGGGCCUGGCACCAGACUGACAGGAAGCCCUGGGCAGUUUCCUCCAGACUCCUCUCUGGGUCAGCCACUUUCUGUGGAGAACCAGGUGGCCCUGUGCUGGUCAUGGUCCCUCUGUAAGCCUACAACAGACCACGAGCAUGGUGGUAGAUAAUUUCUGGACCUCAGACAUCUGGGAACAAAACAGGAAUUGGGAGAGAGUGGCCCAACCACAUGGCCUCUCAGAUUCCCCUUAGCACAGGAAGAAGGAAGAGUUGGCCUCCACAGGGUGCUCUGGCCUAUGGUUAGGCCUCUUCUCCUAGCCCUUGGCUAGUUCCAGCCUUGCUUUGUCAAAGAUUUGGUGUCUCUUUCUGAAGUUCAGUCCUCUCUACUCUGGGACACAGGUGGGAGAAAUCUAGAUGAAUCUUUUCUUUCCUGACCUUCAGUACCAUCUUUUCACCUCCCAUAUCACACACAUACGCACACCCCAUACACACACUAUUUCUCUGCCUGGAGUUCCCUGCAUCCUCUGACAAAACAGCACUAAUAUCUGUAACAUUUGACCUAUUGGCUGUCAGGACCUGGUGUAGAUUUUUCCUUGAAUCUCUUUUUGGAUUUGAGAUCCUGGGAACACAGAUCAGGCUUACCUUCUGGAGCAGCUUGAUUGCUUUCUAGCUGAAGAGCCAGAGGAAGUUAAUGAAAUUCUUUGAGCCUUCAUUUCCUUAGCACUAAAAUGGGAGGGAAGUAAGACUUCCUUAUACUGUUGAAACUAUCUACAAAGCGCCUUGCACAGUGCCUCCCUCCUGGCAAAUGCUCAGCAAAGACUGGCAUGUUGCCCUCUUACUGCUGAGCCCUCUGUCUCUCGUCUCAGGGCUGCUCACUGCCUCUGGGAUGCUCCUCACUCCUUCCCAACCCACAGUGAGGCAGAGCUCAGACAGAGAGAGUGAGUGAUCUGUUGUACCUUCCAAAGAAGGAAUUACGCUUGGCAGGGGCAAGGGAGAGUCAGUGGCCCAGGCAUUCUUCUUCUACUGCUUCUCUGUCAGACAAGUCCCAUUGCUCCCUUUCCCAUUUCAUCCCAAAGACUGGUGCACAAUUUCAGCCCACACAAGUUUCCCAGCACUGUUCUUGUACUCGGGCAAGAUCUCAAUGGGUAGAGGAUGGAGGGACUGACUUCAUGAGCUUGCUUAGAGGCUGACUGGGGACAUGUGGGGCUUAUGCAUGGGAAA